AUGAACAACGGCUUGGACUUGCAGGUGCCAGAUGUAAGCCAGUUGUUCUCCAAGAACGUGGUCACUGGCACCACAACAUCGAGAACACAUCCACCACAACAUCGAGAACACAUCCACCACAAUAUCGAGAACACAUCCACCACAACAUCGAGAACACAUCCACCACAACAUCGAGAACACAUCCACCGCAACAUCGAGAACACAUCCACCGCAACAUCGAGAACACAUCCACCACAACAUCGAGAACACAUCCACCACAAUAUCGAGAACACAUCCACCACAACAUCGAGAAUACAUCCAUCGCAACAUCGAGAACACAUCCACCGCAACAUCGAGAACACAUCCACCACAACAUCGAGAACACAUCCACCACAACAUCGAGAACACAUCCACCACAACAUCGAGAACACAUCCACCGCAACAUCGAGAACACAUCCACCACAACAUCGAGAACACAUCCACCACAACAUCGAGAACACAUCCACCACAACAUCGAGAACACAUCCACCACAACAUCGAGAACACAUCCACCACAACAUCGAGAACACAUCCACCACUAAAUCGAGAACACAUCCACCACAACAUCGAGAACACAUCCACCACAACAUCGAGAACACAUCCACCACAACACCAAGAACACAUCCACCACUAAAACGAGAACACAUCCACCACUAA